AUGUGCCAGUAAUUGUUCAGAACAAGUACACGUAGCCAUCAUGAAGCUGCGAAAUGUGUUGCUUCGACUCCCGAAAGAAAGGACUCGUCCGACCGGCUUCUGCAGUCGUUUGCUGGUACUCUUAUUGUGGUUAAACGUGGUCCUGGCUAUCCUAGCGUUCUUCGUAGCUGCCAGGACAAUCUCCCGCCGUUUGAAGUUCUCUCGCACUGGAACCUACAAACAGCUACACGUUCCGGCGCAAAGGGGGCCUCUUCCAAAGAGCUUCUACGACGCGGACGAACUUUCGGGGUACAGUUAUGAUAUAGUGCCGGACAUACUGCACUUGGUUAGGUACAAUGCGCCCGAAGUGGACUUUAUUGACGUGGUGGGCAUGCGCUCCAUGUAUCUGAACCACCGGCCCAAAGAGAUAUACGUUCACUGCAGUCCUUGCGGCUUUCAAGGGAACUACACUCGCUUUCUGGAAGGCAUCAACUUCACCUUCAUUCCUGCUGUUUUCCCGACUGAGAUUUUUGGCAUUCCCAUACAGGUAUCUCACCACGCUACAGACGUGCUCCGUCUGAGAGUGCUGAUGCGCUACGGAGGGUACUACUUCGACAAAGACGUGUUCGUGAUUCAAUCCCUGAGACGUUUCCUGCGAUACGAGGCAAGCCUAAACUUUGAGAACGGUGACCUCAUGGGAAACAUGGUGAUGUUCUUUCACAAGAAUUCGCGCUUCCUUCGUCUCUACCUAGACACCUACCACCGGUUGAAUGACUCGCUUUGGUAUUACAACGCGGGCGAUGUGCCCGCCAAAGUUCUGUUCCAACCGCACCCGCAUCUCGUCCAUAGAAUGCACUAUGGCCUGGAGACCGGACUGGACAUGCUAGGCGCCCUGUACGAGCCUCACGCCUACCCGUAUUGGCGGAACGCUUUUGCCAUACACCUUCUGGCGCGUUUCCGCAGGGAGUCGCCAUACGAUGCACUGCACGCCGCACCGUUUAACGAAACCAACAUCCGAGACGUCGACAAUGCCUUUGGAGAGAUGGCGCGCUCGGUUCUGUUCGGAACCUCCGCCUUCGUGCCCCCGGAGGCCCCCAUUCUGAGCGUCGCCGAACUCGCGGCCAGAAAGGACCGGGGCGAGGACCUGACCAGCGUCCGCCCCGGAAAUGAGCGGCCAUAUUUUUACCCUGUGAUAAACGCGACCAAGUUUCGACGCCACCGCUGACGCAAGUUCACCGGCAGAUUGUAUACGGGGUGCUAUUUUUUUGAACAACUUCAAGACUUUAAAAAAGUGUUUUGGUUUACCGAACCGGGCCAGCGUGCCUAGGCUGAAGUGUUGUGAUGUAUAUUGUAUAAAAUGUUUGAUGAGUUUUUGCAGCGACAACUGCUA